AUGCCCAACAUACACAUCGUAGAUUCUGCACUUGAGGUUAAUCUCCCAGCGAGUUGUCGUCGCCUUGCCAACUCCGAAGUGAUCCCUCCUAUGAUCAGGCUACCACCGGAGACGAUUAUCAAGAUACUUCACGACUCAGGGAAUGCUGACACGAUUGUGGCAUGCGGACAGAUAAUCUGUCUGCAGGUGUGCCGCUUGCUCAAUGACAUCGUCAAACAAUCUCUGCUUCUCGCAUACGAUACGGAACUCGGGCAUGGAUGUUUGACGAAUGGCUUUUCUUCACGUUUAUCCCUACCCGAGCGACUGCAACUUGUGAAGGAGUAUAGAACUUCUUGGGGUCUUGCGCGCUGGGCCAGGGAAUAUAUCAUCAAGCAAUCAAAAGAAGGCAUAUUCUGCAACCUUCUCCACGGGCUGAUGAUGUGCAGAUGGCCGACGUCUCUGGUUUUCCGGCAAUUACCUUCUCGCUAUCGAUGCAUCUCGGGGUAUGCAUGGACUUUGAACAUGACGGGUCGCGUCAUACAGGUCCUGGCAGUGGAUUUGGAACAAUCGUUGCUGACAGUUGGUGAAUGGGAUCAGGCAGGUUUGCAACCCGGCCCCAUGCUUUUCAAACUCUCCGUUCUAAACCUCAUGAACGGAACUCCUCAUCCACUGGCGGACCACCCUGUGAUUACGAUUGACCGCAGUACACCUCAAGGUGAAGCCGAAUUCUCCAUGGACAUAUGUGGCGGUUAUUUUGGCAUCCUCUUUGACACGCGCGACGAUGACCAAAACCCCCGAAAGUUCCUGGUAUGGAACUGGAUGAAGGGCUCCUGUCAUUUGGACAUCAGCGGCGAAGCCAUAAAAACAUUCACAUUUUUGAGUCAGGAACUAGUCAUGUUCGCUGGCAUCCACCAGGAAGGCGAGCGAUGCUUUGCCUUGGAAGUGCACGCCUUGGCAAAGGAACCAUCCCCACGGGCAAUCGGUGACGGUUCUGCCCUUUGUGUCUUCAACCUACCGGAGUUGCGAUCGGGCGCUUUCCCCCUUGACGUGAGCGUUCGGUCGGAUCCGUCACCACAUUCGACGAACGGUUUUCCUGAUGGCCCAUUCGGUUUCGACACGGCAUCCAUCACGUUCGCUAUCACGAUGAAAAUCAUACCCGUCAUGACCGAGGGCAUUGAUCUGGAAUGUCCUCUUGUCACGCAUCACUAG